GUCUCUGUCUGUUGGUCUACCUCUAAGUGCCAUGGAUUACAUUGUGGUGGAACACAUCUUCCUCCUGGUCCUCGUCACUCUCUUCAGUGUUCUGCAGAAUGCGUUCUUUGCUCAGAAGGUAGAGAAGGAAUGUACAAGUCAAAACGUCAAGGCGUCUGCGUUGGAGCGAGUGUCCUGUGCCAAUCGUAACUGCAUGGACUCCUAUCCUACAUUCCUGGCUGUGAUGUGGUGCGCUGGCCUGUGCCUAAAUCAAGCUCCCGCAGCCUUCGCUGGGAUCAUUUACCUCGUGGCCAGGCAGAAGUACUUUAUCGGCUACAUGGGCCAGACGUGUCAGAGCACUCCCGGAUUUCAGUUUGGAAAGCGCAUCCUCUUCUUCCUGUUCCUGAUGUGCAUUGUGGGUAUUGUUAACUUCCUGCUGGUUCGCUACGCUAGCAGCGACUACAAAGAGUACGUGGAGACCAUCACCAGCGCCGCCUCUGCUCUGCUCCUCAUCCCCUGAUAUGUUAUUUACCUUUUAAAUGAAUCAUGUCCUAUUUCAUCACAGUCAUAACAUCUGUCAUGAAAUCCUUUUAGCAAACGUUUUUUAAGCCAUGCACACACAAUGUACUGAAUUCUGUGACAAUAAUAAUAAUAAAAGACAAGUCUAUGAACAAAUCUUUCACUGUGUGAUGUCAACAGUAAG